GCCUCUUAUUAUAGUCUAUGGUCUUGGUCCUAAUCAAAAUCGCUAAAAUAAAAUCAUGUUAUUUUUGUGAUUUUUUAAGAUAAAGAUAUUCAUAAAAAUAGUUGCCACCACUUGUUUCAUCGCGUAUUGCUUGACUACAUUGAUUUAUAAACAAAUUUACUUAUACAUACAUAGAUAAUGGAUAUUAGCCAAUCUCACAACCAAAGUUAUUGGUUUGUUCUAAGGGAAGAUCAGAGUAAUGUUAUUUUUAGUAGUAAUAACUUUACUAUACAAAAUCCGCAGAUUACAGGACAGGAGGCUAGAUAUGUCGUGGAUACCGGGGAUAAUAGACAAUAUAUACAAAUUAGUGAAGGACCUGUCCAAGAACAUAUUACUGAAAGUAAUGAAAAACAAGAGGCACAGAACAAGGAGGAUGAUAACUUUUGGGAUAGAAAUAAAAUAAAACAUCUGUUAACAUUAUGUUUGGAGAAUAGAUUUAGAAACUUGUCAAAAGACAAAUGUCUUUGGGAUGAAAUAAGUGUACAAUUAGGUGCCAGUUCUGAUGAAUGUAAUAAGAAAUAUAGAAACCUCAGAAGAACUUACAUAAGACUCUUGAAAAAGAAAAGGUUGGGUAAAGAAAUCAAAUGGGUACAUUAUGGAGCAUGUGAAGAGGUGUUUAAAGAAUGCAAAUUGCUUCCACCUUCUGUGUUAGAACCCUGGGAAGACCACAAAGUAAGAAGGUUGCUGAGUCUGUACAUUGAAAAUUUAAGUAAGUUCCGAAACCCAGAUUCAUUACAAAAAGAUGUUUGGAGAGAGAUAGCCUCUCAGUUAGGGACAACAGAGUACAGUUGCUAUCAUAAGUUUAAAAAUUUAAAGAGAGCAUAUUUCAAUUGGAAAGACAGAAGUAGAGAAACUGGAAAACCAAUCAAAUGGCAAUAUCACAACUAUUUUGAAAGAAUAUUUUACAAUUAUAGUCCGAGUAUUGGACCAUGGGACAAAAAUAAAACUCGAUUAUUAAUAGAAGAGUACAAGCAAAUAGCAGAAAAAUUCAAAAAUCCUAGAUACCAAAAAAAAGAAUUAUGGAAAGAGAUAGCAGCUUCAGUGGGAGAGCGACCCACAGAUUGUGAUAAAAAGUUUCGCAAUUUGAAACAAACAUACAUUAGAUUAAAAAUGAGAGCAAAUACCGGAAGGUGUAUAACAAAAUGGCGUUAUUACAAAGAUUUUGAAUCAAUAUACAGUGGACCUGUAAGUUACAACAGCUGCAAUGAAGGAGGACUACCUAAGCUUAAUUACAGGUUGCAAGAAGACGACUAUGUCAAGCAACUCUUAACAUUUUAUAUAGACAACAAAGAAAAAUUUAGAAAUCCACUUGUAAAAAAGAAGAAUGUUUGGAGACUGUUAGCUUCAAGGAUAGGGUUAUCUUCAGAAGAAUGUGAUCGCAAGUUUCGUAAUUUGAAACAAACUUAUUUAAGGCUAGCUGAGAAACGGAAAGAAACAGGAAAGGUAAAUAAUUGGCCAUAUUAUUCUUACUUUGAAAAAAUAUUCGACUUUCAUUCAGGAACAGAAAAUAUGUUGAGUACUCAAGGCACUGCUAUGGACAAUAUGACUUUAACUGAAAUUAAGAGAGUCAUGCAAGAAGUGCAAGACAGAAAUGAUAACGAUAAGUUCGAAAGUUUGUUGCGAGCUGUGGAAGAGUCGAAUGAUAUACAGCGAGAACGUAAUAAAAUAUUACAGGCGUUACUGAAUAAACAUUGAAUGGAGAUGUAAAUAAAAGGAGUGUAAAUGUUUAGAAA